CGUCGAUGGCGUACGUUUGCAUUGGGCGCGCGGAGGGGGAGGACGCGGAUAGAAGUACUCCUGAAGCAUGCACAAAGUACUUUACAUAAUUUUUUAGAACAUUUCUUGAAUAAUAACUUACACGCUGCACUAUUUACAGAAAUAAUAAUAAAAAUAGCAAUGUCUACAAACUGUAUAUUCUCGUAGACUCUUCUCCAGACAGAUAACUGAUGAACUGAAAUCGGAUAAUGUAACAUGGUCGGCUAACUGUCUUCGGACAACUCUGGGUUCCCACUGGACAUUUUCGAUAUCGGAUGCUCGUGUUGUAUUCUAUUCAUUUUAUUCAGUCAACACAGUUGUGUCCGAAAUGCUUAACGACCGGAGGCAUUGCAGACGACAAAUUGGAGACAAUAGCAGGUGGUUACACCAGCAUGACGGACCAUGGGGAAAUGGCCAAUUCAAACCCUGCACCGUGUAGCCAUCAGCAGAACCAUCACCAGGGACUUUCAUCAUUCAAACCAUGUCCUCAUCAGAGUCAAAGUGGCAAAGCAGCAGAACUGAAACCACGAGCCUGAUUUUCAACAAGGACGCUUUGCGUAACGGGGACAGUGCCACUGGAAUUAUGGUAGAGGCUCAUGGCGUCAGUGGUGGCGGCAAAUAUGCCAACGCUGUCGGGGACCAAGUCGAGAUGGGGCCAGACUGCAUGUCAGAGAUAUCCAACAGUGACCUCUCCCUGCCUGAGGUUUGCGUCUCCACCAACAAUGGUAGCUUUGAGGAAGACAUGAACUAUGAGGUCCAGCAAGCCUAUCGUAUAUUCACCGGGUUCCUCCUGGACAAGUACAAGGGGAUCACUGGUUCCUUCGUCCUCCCCGUUGGGCACUUGGAGGCACAACGUGGCAUCGGUGGAGUAGGGGGCCGGGGCCUCGCUCGGCUGAGACAGUCCAUGUGUAUACAGACGAUAGAGGAGAAGUUUGUCGGCCAGCAGUACGACAGCAUCACAGAGUUCGUGGCGGAUUUCAGGCUGAUGUUGGAGAACUGCUACCGCUACCACGGCGUGGACCACUGGCUCUCCAAACAAGCUCAGAAGCUGGAGGUCAUGCUGGAGCAAAAGCUUACACUGCUGUCAAGGACCCUGCGCGAGAAGACCACUCUGGCGGUGACCUCCAAGGGGCGUUUUGGUGUGGAGGAGGAGCGAAAUUCUGGGGGCACAUCCACGAGACGGCGCUCUGCUCCUCGCAGCCUGACCACCAUCACUGUGGGGGGCCACGAGUCCCUCAUGGUGCAGAGUAUCAGGCAGGAGGAGCUGCAGAGGGUCAAGGAUGAGAAGAGGCAACGUGAGCUGGAAAAGAAGGAGGCAGAGGAGACCUCGGCCAAGGAGCUGGAGGAGUGGGAACAGAGCCUGCUCUCCCAGGCCCUCCCGCACCCCUUGGACACCCUCUGGGAGCUGCCCGCCAUUGGCCACUUCCUGUGCCUGGCGCAGACGGCCCUCAACCUCCCCGAGAUCGUCUUCUUCGAGCUGGAGCGCAGUCUGCUGAUGCCCCGCUGCAGCCUCUUCCUCUCCAAGGUCAUGUCUUCGCUGCUGUGCGCGCCGCAGAAGCGGCCCACCGUGCACCGCCAGCCGCCCUUGCCCUACCGCCGCUGGGAGCGGGAGCUGAGGCAGCGGGUGCUGGCCUGGUACCGCGCCACGGGGGCCUCCGACGACCAGCCCAGUCGGGCGGAGCAGCUUGGGCUCUGCCACCAGUUCUUCUGCGUGCUGGGCAAGGCGAGCCCGCUGGAGGAGCUGCCCUUCCACCUGCUGCCCUUCUACCAGCGCGUGUGGCUGCUCAAGGGGCUCUGCGACCACGUGUACGAAACCCAGAAGGAGGUACAGGACGCGGUCUUGGCCCAGCCCAUCCACGAGUGCAGGGAGUCCAUCUUGGGCUACGACGGCGUGGAGAACGCGUACAUACACUUCCCGCACUUCUGCGGGGCCGACCUGCGAAUCUACUUCCAGAGCCCCUGCACGCCUCCCGCCUUCCCCUUCCCGGCGCUCUGGGCAUGGAAGGUGGACGUCAAGCUGGAGGCGGAGCGCGGCGCGACGGACGGGGAGGACGGGAAAGGGACGGGGUGUUACGGUGUCUCUAUGGUAACGGGGGAGUUUGAGGAUGAAGAGGAGGAGGAGAAACAUGCACAUUUCAAAAGGGAAAACGGAGGCGGCGAAGGGAAACACGAACGGUCAACCUUGUCGUCUCUGAAGGGGGCGGACUCUGACUCGGGUUCCUUCGAGGACGCCUGGACGAGUGUGGACUCGGAGUCCAAUUUGAAAGCGCACGCAAACUCCUCGCGAGCACGCCUCAAAAACUCGGCCGGAGACGGCGUUGACGAAGUCCAUUCAAAACAGAACUCUGAGCGGUGGUCCAAACGAGUCAAGCAGGAGCCGGGCCUACCGGGGGACUCUGGACGCACCAUCAAGGCCGAGACCCACGAGCCUUGCCUCAGUGUGGGGGAGCACUGCUACAUGGGCAGGUCCCCGGUCAGCUCCAUGAACCUGGCAUCUCCCCCUAGACCCACAGAUGUCAAAACCCAAGGGGGCCCAAGUACCCCUCUGGGACAGCAGGCCCCCUCCUCGUGUUCAGAAUGUUCUAUAAGCAGCAGUGUUAAAUCUGGCCGGCACAAGUGUCGCUGUAGUGUUGCGAAUGCCGCGGCCGCCACCCCCUCCUCGUUCUCCUCCUCUUCAUCUGAAAGCGCGCAAAACUUGAGUGAAGAAAACACGACUGACGCAAUUACAGGGACUAGGAAAAGAAAGCGAAAGAAAAAGCGAGAGUGGGUUCAGCCGGCGGGGACGAGGGAGCGAAGAAGGCUGCAGAGUUUGGAGAGGCCGAGAUAUUGUCGGACGAGGUCAGCCAAGACGACCACAAAGCAGGCUGAACCCUCGAUCCCACAGAAGGGCAAAAGGAGCACAGCCAAGACGGGGAAGAAACUCGAAACUUCUUCAAAUGAAACAAAGCAGGAACCCCUAGUUGAAUCACCAUUUAAGUUGGUGUGUUCAAGCAUCGAAGAGCUGCGGGAGCUGAUCAGCAGGACGGAGGACCAGCUCGACUCACUGCAGAGCGACAAGAAGAGAUCGGGGCGGUGGUAUUUGAAGAAGGAAUCUGUGAAGGAUCUCCACAUCACGCUGAUCAGACUGCUGAACGAGCUCUCGCCCUGGGAGCCCAAACUGGUGAAGGCCUUUCAGAGAAACAGACUCCGUAUGAAGAAAGAAUGCGAUGACUUCAGGAAACACCCGGACUACAGUAACUUUGUGCGUGAGGAGUGUGUGUCGUCAUCGUCCUCGUCCUCGUCCUCAUUGGACCAGGAAGAAGGGAUUUCCGGGAGGGUCACGUGUGACCUGUCGGAUCCCUAUAGAGAGCCAGAGGAGGAAGACAUGGAACAUGCUGUUCCCAGGGGCUUCUGGACCAGAGGAAACCCAACGCAGCUAGGGACCGAAGCUGCUGGAGAGGACGUGGUGGUCUACGGUACCUCAAGUCAGCCCAAACCCUUGCUAAGAAACACAGACGAGGACCUUAAACUUUGCAGAGGCCACACUCUAAACGUGGACCCUUGUCUGACGUCCCCCUCGAACACUGGAUUGGAAUCUAGAUCUGAACAAGACUCAGGAGCCCAAACAAGGGACUUGAACUCAGUGCUGGUGACUCCAGCACCUGUCUCUCUGAGAGCCAGAGUCCCCAUCCUCCACCCCACCAUUGGACUACCUUGGGGAUACACGCCCAUCCCCACUCUGUUUGCGAAGAGCGUGGGAAACAAAGUGACCUUAAUGAAACGUCCUGCUGACUACCUGUGCCCCGCGAGUACUAUUGCUAAGACUCAAAGAUGUGUGGGCUCCAUGCCUCCCUCCCUGAAAACUACGGCAAAACCUCCAGCCCUUCAAACACCUCCUCCUCCUCACCGGACCGUUCAUUCAACGCACCCAGAACCAUCAGAACAGAGAAAAACAAUCAAACAUUUGGUAGCAUCCACAGCAACUGCCAGCCUUGCUAAAGCCCCACCAGCCAAGCCGACGCAGAUGGCGGUACCAAAGAGCCCAGUGAAAGUAGUCUACAGGGUGACGGAAGGGCUGGAUCACGUUCUAAGGCAAGACGGCACCGGCCAAGUUAAGCUCACUGUGCAGCCCCUUAUGGACCAAAAGACCGGCGAGAAGAUCAUGAAUCAGGUUGUGAUUCUCCCUUCGAAACUGCUCCUUCAAAACAAUGAAAAGGUGUCUUUCAUGUAUCACCCACAAUCGUCUAAGAGCAUCCAGGCCCCAGUUUCGAAGACAGCCAGUCCCUUAUGUACGUCCACCAGCAUGACUGGCUUCAGCAUUCCAGAAGGACGGAUCCCAGUUCAGCAAGUGGCUCCGCUGAAAGAAACCAGGACAACGCAACAAACCCCAUCUCCAUCUGGUGUGUCUUGUCUGCAGCAGAACACUGUAACCACGACAAACCGCAAGGUGGGACGAGUCUGUAGUCUCCAGAGUGCCUCACAAAUCCAAUCGCUCAUGCCAACUUCCAGCAGCAUUCUUGCUAACGCCGAAGGCGCUAAAGCGCCCAAACAGGAGUUGAAGACGGUGUGUAUCCGGGACUCGCAGUCGAUUCUCGUCACCACAAGAGGAGGGAAUACAGGAAUAGUGAAAGUUCAAACACUGGCAGAACAGAGUGCACAUGGGUCCUCACCUGCAAGCCCAGUCAUAACCAUCUCGCCUCAGUUCAAAGCCUUCCUCGUAUCCAAAGGCUCCCCUCCUGUAUCUACAUCCUCUUCCUCUCCGAACAUGUCUGUCACUGUCCCUGCACCCAUGGGCGCCUCAGCAGCCCGGAGCCCCUUUGUUUCAAUGUCUCCUGUAACUUGUGCAACACCACUUCUCACCACAGCGUCAAGCAUCGCUUCUCCUGCAGGAGCGGCUGCUUCAGUGGGUCACAGCAUCAGCGCUGCUUCUAAUCUACCCACAAUGGGCCCAAGAGCAGUAAAGACUGUAAAUUCCCAGACCUCCCUGGUGAAAUCCAACAUGAUCAUGCCGUCUUUGCGCACCAGUACACCAACCGCUCCCACGCAGGAAACGUUAAUGAGCAAGCCUGGUCUGAAACGGCCCAGUACUGAAGAGAGAACCCAGUUGACUAAGUUUAUCUUGAUGAGUCCUUCAUCGUCAUGCCCCUCCUCCAAUGCAGCCCUUCCCAAAGUCACUUCCCCGUUACCCGCGCCGCCUCCUGGUUCGAGGAUCUUGUUCAUCGGAGAGCCUGCUGCCACGUCGCCCACCACCACCCACAUAGGAGGUAUCCCCAAGCAGGUGCCUGCACUGGGCAUCGCUCAACCAACAGUUGCCACAUCCUGCUCCGGGGAAGGAAUGAAGACGGUCCUGGCUCUGGGCCAACAUUUGGGCAACGUAAAAUCCGAGUCACUGUCAAACCUUAAGAACUUCACUCUACCAUCAGAUGUUGCGAUUAACCACCCAGGGCAGAUGAAACCCUUUGGACAGACCAUCGACACUGUGCUGCAGUCCCCUUCAAAAAGCACACCAGGCACAACAUCCACUGGACAUCUGCUUGAAGCUUCGACUUUGGUUCCUGGCAGUCCCAUCCCACCUGCGGCUUCCAUGACAACCAGUUCUUCGCUCAUAGAAACACCUUCCGUAGCAGUACCCCGCAGAGGGACCUCAAGGUGCACAUCUACUGUACCUUCUUCCACAGGGUACAUCCUUGCGAACAACCUCGCUCCCAACCUAUGUGCACCAUCGUUCGAUAAGUCCCCCCUUGGUGCUCUGAAUGUACAUCCAAACUUGGCCAACCCAACCACCUGCAGCAUGGCCAACCAGCCCCGACAUGUAAUCCCUCCCGUUGGAAGUGCACCUCAUCAAUUCAUGCCUUCGACCCAACCCCCUUCUAGUGUCCCCCACCAAUCUACCUCCACUUCAAAUAUCCCCAAUAACUCUGUCAGCACUAACACUUUACCCGUGGCUGCCCCCAACCCCAGCACCACCUCUACUGCGGCAGCCGGCCCAGUUCAGCAGAGGAUAGUCAUAAACACUAGCACCCACCUCGCGGCCGGGACACAGAUCCUCCUCAACAACGCGCGCUUCGUGGUUCCCCCACAAGGUUUAGGUCCGGGCAGCCAUGUGCUCAUCAUCUCGGGCCAAGCGCCCAGCACGGGUAACCUCCCAAGUCCCACAGCAGCUCCCCCCACGGGGCUGAGGCCCGUCUCGGCAGCCCCCAGGUUGUCUGCGUUACCCAUUUCGCCCCAUCCCAGAAUACCCAGUGUGCCCGCUCUGAGGUCUCCCGUUGCGGUACGCACACCUCCUGUCGGGUUGCCCGUGCUCCCCACGGUACCCAACGCAACUCCAGUCCGAUUCGUAGGAGCCCAGUCUCUAAGCUCGUCUUUGAUGCCUAACGUGACAAAAUUGGUGUCGGUUCUGCCACAGUUACAAGGUAGCCGGGGGCUCUCCUCACCUGUCGCAGGGACAUCAGCUUUGGUCACAUCCCCCAUUAGACUAGACUGCAAGCCAGCCCUUGUUUUCUCAACAAAAACCAUUGCAUCGGUACCCGGAAUCCCUCUGCCAGCUGUAAGAUUAUCUGCCGGGACAACUAAAUCAGCCCCUGUCGCAACCCCUUUUCCACAACCUAACACGACUCAUUUGCACGCCACCACAACACUUCCUGUAUCCUCACUUUUAACAGCCGGCACAUCCUCUGUUUCCAUACCCUGCACUAGUACAGACCCCAUAGCCUCUGUGGCAUCAGUCGUAGCACAGUCACCAGCGGGCAUACCCCUUUUGGCAUCUACUCCUACUACCGUGGACCCCACAUUGGUUGCCAUUCAUGGCUUACCGGUUCAUAUGAGAGCAUUUGGCAUCCCAGCAACAUUCUCGCCUGCCAGCACUAUACCACAAGUAAUCCUGCCGACAGGCCCCAACGCCCUGCCGACAGGACCCAACGCCCUGCAGACAGGACCCCAUCAAUCAGUCAAACCACAGCUGACGAUGCUGCAGCCGCAGCAACCGGGCCACCGGACACAAGCCGUUCCAACGGUGGCUGUGUCUCCGAUUGUAAGUACGGUUUCUAGGAUUCAGUCCUAGGAUUCGGUCCAUUCCCGUUGCUGCAGUUCAGCCCAUUGGAGGUGUGAUCAACAGCCACCAAGCGUCUCCUGUGGCAAACCCUUCUCCCCCUAGCAGCACUUCUGAAAUGGCUCCUGCUAAACAAAUUACCAAGUCAUCCAUCCUUGUCAUUAUGACAGCUCCAGCACAAGGAAAGCCCUUUCUUCAAACGCAUAACAGAGCAACAUAUAAAAAUAGAAUCCAGUCUGGACGAUGCUGUUUUGAACAGGCAUAUUCAAGUAGCCAGCGGGCCAAGGCCGCCUGCUCGCUUGCAGAAAACCCCCUGGUAAUCCUGCCUUGCACCGUUGAACACUUGGCACUGACCGCUUCAUAAAACAAAACGUUUGUAGCCAACUGAUUGCAGGACUUAUUGUGACACUACUAUUAAACAAUGCAUACUGGGAGGGCUGAUAACAUUGCCUCUAGGGUUCCUGAAGUUUCUACCGAAAUGCAUUUGCUUAUAGAUUGAUAGGUGACUCAUCAGAUCAGUUCAUUGCUAGUUUGAGUUAUUUCACGGCCAGUAAACACAAAUGCUAUAGACAAGUAGAUUGGUACAGUAGAAGAAAAGAAAUGUGUUUGAUACUAAACUCCUUCAUGAUAUUUAUUGACUGUGACGUUGACAUCGAUUGGUAUCACAAUUUUCUAGUGUAUCCAUCAGUUAAAGUUGUCUUAAUUGUAUUUUUUAUUUCCAAAAGAAUAACUUUGUAAAAUAAAUCUUGCUUUUUAGGAUUCUCAAAUUAAUCAACGACUUUGUAAGACAUGUUGGAGCAUAUAAACAGUGUUUUGGACUUCCAUUUAUUUAUUUCUACCAUAUAGAUUUUUCAGAAAUAUUUAGUAAAUACAUUUUUGAGGACAUUUCUGCAUUAAAAUAAACCAUGCAAUUGUAUCCCUACCAGUGUAUGGUGGAUUGCUUCAGUUAAAGGUGACAUAUCACCAGGUGUGAGUGUGUUUAGCCGUUACAAGCCGUUUUGAAAAUCUGCCUC